AUGAAGACAAUUGCUUUCGUCACAAUCACUGUCGCCACUUUGCUCAAUGUUGCUUAUUGUAUCGCACCUCUUGGCGGUUUAACUAGUGCUAUUACCAAUACCGGUGCCUUAGAAGGUGUUGGUGGUGGCUUACUUGGCGGAAUUAAGUCAUCCGAUAAAGCCAGUCCUCAAUCUAUGGAUAGAAGCUUCCAAACAAGAAAGAUGAGACGAAACUUUGCCAAAAGAGGUCUUCCUCUUGCUGAUAACCUUCCCGGUGUUAGCAGUCUUUUAGGCGGUGGUAAUAAAGGCGACGCUCAAAAAGCCUCGACAGAUGGUUCUGAUUUCCCAGGUAGCGAAGCCUUUAAGAACGCCUUCCCUUCUUCUUUCGAUGAUACCAAGCCCAAGUCUUCAGGUGGCCUUGGUGCUGGUCUCUUAGAUAAACUUCCCGUCGGCAUCUCUGUUAAACAAUCCACCAAUACAAUGAAAGCCACUACCGUCUUAGCAUUCACUCUCUCAACUGUUAUCAACUUUGCAUUUGCUUCAUCUGUCACCCACCAAGGAGCUUCUGCUGGUCUCGCUUCUGUCGGUCAUCAAGGUAAUGCUAAUUUUGCUGCGCUCUCUAGCGCUCAAAAGAAAAACAGAGCUGUCAAAAGAACAAUUGGCAACAGCAAGAAAAUUGAAGAUGAACUCAGUCUUGAUGCCCUUGUUAACGAUCUUCUUGCUGUAGCUGACGAUCAAGCAAGCUUAUCCAAGCGUGGUCUUCCUUUGCUCGAUAGUCUCCUCGGUGGUGCUACCGGUGGUCUCACCGGUGGUGGUUCAAAAGCUGACACUUAUGAAGCUGAAUCUUACGAAAAGCCUAGCAGCCCUGAUGCUUACAGAGAGAAUUACAGAGAUGUCUACAAAGAUAGUUACAACACCAAGGAUCCUCACAAGAGUGCUCGCAAGGAUGUUUACAAGGAUGGCUAUAAAAAUGAUUAUGUCUACAAGAAGUCUUCCAAUGAUGCUAAGGUCUCUCCUGCUUCUGCUGCUUCUCCUGACAAAGCCACCGCCGCUGAUGACAGCGAUGCUCUUGAAAAGGGUGGUAAUGGUGGCCUCCUUCUUGGCAACCUUCCUUUGUUAGGUUAA